CAGACGCUUGCGGGGGCUGCCAUUGGUGAACUGUUGUUGCUGGAGCAGGUUGUGCCGUCGCCUUUGGGUGAGGGAGUGUAGAGAGAGGGGGAGGGGGUAUAAAACCUCUCUACCCAUUCAGCUGAGCUUCACUUUGGAGGAGCGCUGUGGAAAGGGAGGACUGGUGAAGUGCGGAAGGACCCCAUCUGAAGACCACCUCCCCCUUUUUGCGUGGUAUUUACCAACAACAGGCUUCUAUCGGUCAACUGUGUCAACGGAUCUCCGCGAAGAUAGCAAGCCGGCCUACCACGUCACACUGCGCACUAAAUGAGCACAGGACCACAGCACUUGGGUCUGGGCUCAAAGUGGAAAAAAAGACGCACCGACGAGCGCAUAGUGAACGGAAAAAAGCGCACACAGGCCGUGGCCCUUGCUUUCCUCAAUGCAUACCCUUUGUGCCCGGGGAACCAUGAAACCAGAAAUCAACGCCGCCGUGGGAUUUUUGUCGCGAUUUCUGCGGGUAAAAGGACACGUAAACGAUCGGCAAGUCCAAACAUUCAGCCAGAGUCUACAGGACAUUUUGUCAGAACAAUACAAGCACCACUGGUUCCCGGACAGACCCUGCAAAGGUUCAGGGUACCGUUGCAUCCGUAUCAACCACAAGAUGGACCCACUGGUGGGGCAGGCGGGCCAGCGUAUCGGCUUGACCAUCCAGCAACUCUACCUGCUGUUGCCCAGCGAGCUCACCCUCUGGGUGGACCCCUUUGAGGUGUCCUACCGUAUCGGUGAGGACGGCUCCAUCUGCGUCCUGUACGAGUCGCAGCCUAUGCCGGUGGUCAUGCCGGGAACGGCGAUCGCCAGCUCGCCCUCGGGGAGCGGCGGCUCGGGGAACCCUAUGGUGGACAGUCACAUCAGCUGCAAGGAGGAACUGAUGGUGUUGGGCAGAGCUAGUCCCUCCAAAGCUUACAACAUGAUGACUGUGUCCAGUUAAACGGCGCGCACUUUCGGCCGGGCUUAAUAGUCGUUCAGGGUCACACCUUGGCCAGUCAACAUGAAUUUGACCGGAUCAGUGCGAGCCUUUUUAAAAGCUAAGAAUAUGAAACGAAAUAAUGAAAGAGGAAAAAAAAAAAGAAGAAAAAAACCAGGAUGUGCUCUAUCAACUAAUUGAUGAAAACCUUGCAGGUUUGAUACUCCCCCCCCCCCACACACACACACCACCAACACCACCACCCGUUAUCAUCUGUUCUGUUGUGUCAUUGGAUCAGCUGGGUACUCCAUUUUCUUAUGAGAGUUCUUGUGGAGAUGGAACUGUUGGGGCAGCUACACCACCCGAUCGAGACCCCCCCCCCCCUCUCGACUGUAAACAUAGUGAUAAACUUCAUCCUUCAAGGGCCUGUCAGCAUUGACUUUGCACUUUUCCUAUUUGUGGUUAUGGGUACAUGCUAAAACACACCACAGAAAAAAAAAACGCCAAAUUGUGCAGGAAUUUAUUCCUAGAGAUGAUGCCCCUUGAUAUUCAAACUUUGAGGUUGUUUCGUUGAGGAGGAAGUUGAGGGUUUAGCCCAUCGAGGUCGAGCAGCGCUAAUGGACAUUAGAUUUUCUAUAGAAUACCCAUUUUAGACCUUAGGGACUCUUUACCCGCAAGCGACUGGAGCUAACCUCGACUUUCCUCCCUCAACGACUCAAACUAUUCCUGGCCUGUAUUUAAGUGCAAGUGUUUGCAACACCUGUUACCUAUGGAUACCAGUGUGUCCGCUGCGAUCCCACCAACCAUGUUGUGUAGCUUUCUGGGGGAGGCCAGAGGACCUCACGCCCCCCUCUCAAUUUAAUGAAUGUUGUUGAAAUUCACAAUCAAGUUCCUGUGCUUGCCCCCCCUUUUCCUUCCACCAUAUGAGCUCCUGUUUUUCGCCAAAUUUCAAAGUGUAGCAAAGAGGGAGCCAAUUCUACCCAAAUCUUUUAGAAGAAUUGUCAGUGAAUGCACUUUGACGUUGGAUUGUGUGGGAUGUGUACUUUUUUUUUUUUUUUUUUAAAUCGCCUGCAUUCCAUCCAUUCGAAUGUCAACUUUUACACCAUUUUUUUGUCCCGCCCUCCUCAUCUGUUGUUCAUACUGUAGCUCUCCCGGUUGGAAUAGACGGCUGUCUGUCCGAUGGAAAGUGCAAGACUGGAUUUCAAAAGCGUUUUUUUUUUUUUUUUUUAAACACUGUAUUUGUGAACAUUUCAGAGCUUUUGAUUGGAAGAUGGAGGAUGUUUGUUGGCGGUAGGCAAGAAGCCGUGGUGUACUCGUGGCACUGUUCAUGAAGCAUGACCCAAGGGUCUGGACUUAAGUCACAGACGGGGGCACGGAGCACUGUCAGAGGUUCAUUUUUAACUUGUCAGCCUUUUAUUUCACUUGUAUCAGUGAUCUCCAAGAGCCCUUACUUUUUAAAAUGGAAGUCCUUUUAUAAGCUUUGGAGGUGCAUUUGCCUUACCUCUUCUCAUGAUUAUGAGCCAUUAGUGAUUUCGAAACGACUGCCAGACAACCUGGUAGUCUCGACUGCCCUCAAACACAUCCUGGCAGCUUUGCCCUCGCCCGACUUUUGAGUGCCUCAAGUGCCACAUAUCACCCCAACCCUCUCCCAGCUCAGACCUCCCUUUCAGCCAAAAGCAACGCCAGCACUGCUAGCCUGAUACCGCCAUCCUAACCGCACUUGUGCAGGUUGACUUAAUGUGACACAUAUCACCGUCCGUCACGCACGGUGGAGUGGGCGGAGGAAUACCGGGAUGUGGGGGGGGGGGUCUGUUUUGUGAUAGAGAAGCGGGGUAGGGCCAGGGCCGGACUCUUGUCCAGGGCAGCUAAAAUCCCUCCGGCCCUCCCUAGCUUCAAACGUAUUCAACCUCCCCCACCCGGAUGCCUUCCGCCCUCCCCUCACAGUGAUGGAUAAAUAAACCAGCACAUACAAACAUGGAAGCGAUUUGUGGUGGGGAGGGGCUAGCGAGAAACUCGGACGAAAGAUGAAUAAUUGAGGGUACCUAGCGUCGUUGUCUCGUUUUCAUCUCACUGGAUCGCGCUGCAUUUAAUUACUGAGUAGCAUCAUUGUUUACAUGCAUAUGAAAGGAUGUGACGGCUGCACCCACACCCGGUUCUGGAGCCGUAUCUGUCGCAGCAGGCUGGGUGUUUUUAAGCCCCCCUAAGCCUGAGAGGAUCAUGGGUAAUCAAGCUAUAGCCUCUGACGCACUGCACCCCCUAUUUGCCUCACCCUCUGCUGAUAUGUUCGGCAGCACCGUGUUGGGCUUUUAAAAAAAAAAAAAGCACGAUUUUUUGUUGUUGCCCUGAAGAGGAGCUGGUUUAGUUUCUUCCCACCAUCUCCGAUACAUGUCACACAUUAUUAUGCUAGUUAUUUUAUGGUCUUGGUCACACUGGUAGAUUUUUGCCCUCCUCUUCCUAAAAUGUAUUUUAUCCGUUUAAAGAUCCAAAAUUUGAGAAAACAACCAAAUCCUCUUAGACGCCUUCUCAACCGUUACCACCAAAAAAAAUGGCUUACGUCCACGAUAAGAGUAAUAAUUUUCAAUUGCAUCCAUUCACCUCGUGCGUACAUAGCUUACAGAAUUGUCGUAGAGUGCUUGGUGUAAAAUAAAGAAAUAAAGUGAGAGGUAAAAUAGCACAUUAAAUGCACUAAAAAUGUUAAAACGUUUUCUUCUGGAGACGCGAGGAGUCUCCCCUAGAAUGUAUUGCCAAACUCAGGCCUGGAAACAUUCAAUAUAAGACUCUUAGGAAAAAGCUUGUUAAACGUGUUAAGACGUGAUAUAGAAAGGGAACAGUUGUUGUUUUUUUUGUUUUUGUUGUAGCUGUUGUCAAUAUUGUCAUCAACUGGUUGAAUUAUUGCCACUUUCACAUUUGAGGUGUUUUACAUAUUGUAGAAUGUAACGUAACUGUACAAGCGAUGGUAGAGUGCAUAACACAUGGAAAGUGCCAAUAAUUGAGGGUUUUUUCUCUCUCUGGGUUUGUUCCUUUUUCUAAGUCAUCUUUUAACAUGGUUAAUGCGUUUUGUAAGUGAAGCCAUUUUUGAAGAAAGUGUUGGCAAGGACCAAAGUUGUUUUGGUUGUUUAAAAAAAAUUGUUUCCAGAAUCGGUAAUCAUAGACGUAUCCUUGGUUUUGUUCAUUUUCUUUUUUUCCCUUUUUCUAUUUACAUAUAAAAGCAGAAAACAGACAAAAAAAUCUGACCUUACCCAAGAAGAAAAAGUUUGUGAUCUCAUGUUAUCGUUAUCGUGUUAAUUUUUUUUUUUUCCUUGGGUAUGUUGCGAUGAACUGCUGUAAAUUUGUACAGUUCAUGUAAAUUGAUUGUGCGGAAGUUGUACAGAUUUCUAUAUUUUGGAAGAAAAAGUUUUUUUUCUCUGUAAUAAAAGAUUUCCUAUCUUGGCAUCAUA